CAAGGUGUGGGGCCGCUCGGGGCUGCAGCAGGACACAGACCUCCUCACAACCGCUGCUCACAGCUCAUCCCUUCUCGCUUCCCUUGCAGAGCACUACAAGCAUCACUGGUUUCCCGAGAAACCCUUCAAAGGCUCUGGGUACCGAUGCAUUCGGAUCAAUCACAAAAUGGACCCCAUUAUCAGCAAGGCAGCUAGCCAGAUCGGACUCAGCCUACCGCAGCUCUACCAGCUCCUGCCCAGCGAGCUCACGCUCUGGGUGGACCCUUACGAGGUCUCGUAUCGCAUCGGUGAGGAUGGCUCCAUCUGUGUCUUAUAUGAAGCGACUGCAACGAAACCUGUGAGCUCCUAUGGCAUGCUUACCUGUAAGAACCAGAUGAUGUUAGGUCGCACCAGCCCUUCCAAAAACUACAUCAUGACUGUCUCCAGCUAA